ACGCCCCCUAAUAUGCAUGAGGGUUUUCUGAUAACAGAGCGAUGGCUGUGUUUGACGUUCAGUUGUUUGUAAACACACUUCUUUAUUUCUUUAUUUUUGUUUGUGGAUUUGCAAUAUCAAUACCACUGGGAGUUACAGGCAUUGAGAAUUCUGGAGGUUGUUUGCUGUACGCCACCCUCAAUCCUUACAACUCCACAUACUAUACACUGUUAUAUAGCAAGAAAUCAAACUGUGACUUCCCGAUCUAUAUUGGUGUGUUUGUCUGUAUCUUUUACGCCCUAGGGAUGGGGAUUUACAACACCUACGCUAUUUAUAAAUCCCAGAAGGACCCCUCCAUAGCGUCCCAGAUGUGGGUAAUGCCGUUCAUUAUGAUAAACUCUUUGGUGACUGCUGUUAUGUUUGUCGCCUCCUGUAUGGUUAGCGUUGGAUUUAAAGAUAUCUGUGACUCUCUGACGAAUGGCAAAUAUAAGUAUUAUCCCAGCUGUGUAAAGGCAGAAAACCAGAAACUUGUGGACCAGACAACAAAAAAGAUCAGCUCUACGGGACAUUUCUACACUUUUAUAAAUGUAACUCAGACUGCAUCGUGGAUAUGUACCCUUGGCUGGUUAGCGUUGGUUAUUUCUGGAAUCGUACGGUUUGCUCUCAAUAGACGUCUGAGAACACAGACAAGUGCGCCAUCAGAUAUGACAAAUAUAGCCAGCAUAGAACCGACGGCAUAGUGAAGAAACUACGUCAUAAUACAACAACGUCAUCAAAAACUACAUUUGUACAAUCACUUUCAUCAUCAUUUAUCAAUGUCAUACAGUGAGAUAGUUAUUGUGUAUAUACAGCUGAAGAGACGUCUAACAUUUUACACGAUUCCUGAUUUGAAUGAAUUUUCAAUGCAUUCAUUUGCUAAUAUUAUCUUAAAAUUCUAUAUUUGUAAAUUUGUUUUUUCUGUAAUUUUUUCCCAUGUUAUAUUUUUGCAUUUACACAUAUAAAGGGAAUGGAAACUUC